AGAGCAGAAAAAGCUUGAAGCCGCCACUGUACUGCAGAGUGAAGACGGUCAUGAAAGCUAAAAUGAGUUGCACAACCAACUUCCUAAAUUCAAAGGCAACCGAGAACCUUCUUCCAACAAAAACAAGUAUACUUUUCUCCUUAAGUCUUCCCAAGUCAAUUGUUCAAAGUCUACCACCAACUACAAAUAAGCUCAGGUAAUACGCAUGGGUUGAAAAGUUGAUUGUGGAAUUUCUAAUCCGGUGAGUUGAACAACAUUUUGGGUUUUGAAUGGCGCUAGUAAUUACUUGCUAUUUUCCUCUCUUUGGACCGUAGCGUUUUUCUUUUUUGCCCUUCACUUGGGUUGGGCUAUUUAUGGCCAUAACUUUAGUUUUGGCUGGUCCCGUGGGGCAUGUGCAGUUGCGCACUGGUAUGACUUUAAGACAUAAGGACAGACUUGGGAAAACAACAGAUAUAAGAUCAACAACUUUACUUUGUUUUUGGUAUCAAACUUUUAGCAGAUAAUUCUACACAAUUCUUUAGAGAAAUGCUAAAACUAGACAUGUGACAAGCAUACAAAAGUGAGUCACUUUUCUUGAACGCCUCCACUACUACUACUAUUUAUUCUAAUUCUAUUUUCAGUGAAGUUCUAGAUAAAAAAGAGUUAGUUGAAGUGUUUUGUGUUUCAUAUUUUCAUGGAAAGGGUUAUUGAAGAGUACCUGUUGGAUAAACUCAAAAGGGGCCUCAAUGGGAAGGAGAGUAGUAACAGUUCCAAAAUCCCGAUGCACAGCAAAUUCCGACACAUACAUAAUUCUCUUGAAAAACUUCUCAGCCUCAGCUCAACCCAACCUGUGAAACAACAGGGUCAGUCUUCAUUCAAAGAAAAGCUUUAUAUCCUUAACGAUUUGUUAACUGAAUGCCAGAUUCUAUCAACGAAAAAACGCACCAUUCACUUUCCUUACAUCAACAUCAGGAUCAAGCUAAACAAAAUCAAGGCAGAGCUCGAAUCUGCACUAUCUCAAAACGGGAAUGUAAAUCCUCAACCCAACGGGAGUGCCAAUUCAUCGCCGAACGCUGAUAUUUCCCAGCGACGAACCACUCCUACUACGUAUCGCUUCGUCGACUCCAAAAUAAUUCAUGGGUUCGAAGAACACUUGGCGACGCUGGAGAGGUUGGUUGUCCGGCAAAAGAGUGACGAAGACGACGGGUACAAGGCGAUCGCCAUUGUCGGAACAAAAGGAAUCGGCAAAACGUCACUCUGCGCUGUAAUUUUUGACAACGAAGAGGUGAAGAAAAGAUUCUUACCAAGGGUUUGGGUCUCCAUGCCCACACCGUCGGAUGAAGAAUACAGAAAGUGCCCCAAAAGAGCGAUAGCCAAACGGAUCUUAUCGUCGCUCGGAGUGGAAGAAGUUGAGAAUCACGGCCUAAAAGGGCUCAUUUGUGCUCUUCGCCAAGAAUUGGCGAGGAAGAGGUAUUUGAUCGUGUUGGACCAGUGGUACGGAGAUUUGAGUUCGAGUGAAGGGGAUAGUUUGGGUUUGGAACAUGGAUUUCCGAAAGGCUAUGGAGGUACAGUGAUAGUGACGAGUAGGACCGAAAGAGUGGCCAAACAGAUUUUUGGGGAUGAUAAGAGAACUGUAAUACCGCUUUUACCCCUCACGGAUGCUGAUAUGUGCUGGGCUAUAUUCAAGCAAGAAGUGGAGAAAGAUGAGUGGGACUUCAGUCCUUCCAACAUUGAAGAGUUGAAACAGCAAGUUUUAGAAAGAAGUGGGGGGAUUCCUCUACGGGCUAAAGUUUUGGGUGAGUUUAUGCUUAACCAACUCCGACAAUCCAACAACACAACUCCAACUAUGUAAACAAUAAGCCUAAAAUUACUCCUUGUACUCUAUUAAUUCUUUAUAAUAAGAAGAAACAACUCUGUUUUGUUUACUGA